AUGUCUAGAGAAGUUCAGGCAAUGUUUUCGCUACUGCUAAUUAUGGCAACAUGCGCUGCAACCGGAUUUGCGCACGUGCCACCCCCACCGCUACUCCCGAACUUUCCCAAUAUCCCAGGUCUACUGCCACCUGGGAUCCCAAGCUUAUUGCCGCCAGGGAUCCCAGGCCUGCUGCCACCUGGAAUCCCAGGCCUGUUGCCGCCAGGGAUCCCAGGCCUACGACCGCCAGUGGACCCGGCUGAGAUAGCAAAGUGUUGGUCUUCACUUCGGGGUAUUCCAGGGUGUGCACAGGAAAUUAUUACCACAAUCUUUACCGGUAAAUUUGCGCUAGGCCCUGCUUGUUGCAAGGCCAUCGUCGAAGUUGAUGAGAAAUGCUUGCCGAAAUUGUUCCCGUUGUUUCCUUCUGUUUCCGCAUUGCUUAAGAACAACUGUGUUCAACACAAUGUUGCUCCUCCUAAUGCAUUUGGUUCAAAGCACUAG